CGCGGCGGCUUUGGUCAUCCGAGUCGAUGCUCUGCGAUUCAGCGUUUUCCUCCUUCCCUUCUCCCUGUUUUUUUGUUGUUGUGUUUGGGGGGGAGGGACGCCCAUUGCACUGACAGAUAAUGGAAUGACUGUUAGGUGAACUGACACGGAAAAGGCACUGUCUCCUUGUUGGCUUUACUGGCAAGGGAAGGAGAGAAACAUCAAUGUGUGGUUGCCUCUCAUGUGUCCCCUGCUGGGAACUGGCCUGCAACCCAGGUACGUGCGCUAACUGGGAAUCGAACCCUGAUCGUGUGGUUCUCAGGCCCACGCUCAAUCCACUGAGCUACACCAGCCAGGGCAGGAUUUGUCUUUUAAUUUUUGCAACUGCGCUAUUUAAGCUAAUAGUUAAAGAAUCCUAAAUCAUAAGGGAGAUAAGCCAUGAGAAAAGGAAACUAUGGAGGCGCUCUGUACUGGAGAGAAGAUCCAAUAAAUGGAAUCAGUGAGAGGGGAAAAACACGGAACUACCUCUACCCAAUCUGGUCACCAUACGCCUAUUAUCUCUACUGUUACAAAUACCGGAUCACCCUCCGGGAGAAAAUGCUGCCUUGUUACAAAAGCAUCACUUAUAAGGAACGGGAGGACUUGACACUCCGGCCCCGUUCCUGUCUUCAGUGCUCCGAGUCCCUGGUAGGCCCCCAGAUGGGCAGAAGCACCGAGCAGGGUGACCAAGACCAGCUUAAAGAAUUGUAUUCGGCUGGGAACUUGACGGUGCUGGCUCCUGACCCCCUACCCCACCAGGACCCCAUGCAGUUGGACUUCCAUUUCCGCCUCACCCCCCAGACCUCUGCUCAUUGGCACGGCCUUCUCUGUGACCAUCGACUCUUCCUGGAUAUCCCAUAUCGGGCCUUGGAUCAAGGCAACCAGGAAAGUCUGACUGCCACACUGGAGUAUGUGGAGGAAAAGACCAAUGUGGACUCCGUGUUUGUAAACUUCCAAAACAACCGGAAUGACAGAGGUGCCCUACUACGGGCCUUCAGCUACAUGGGCUUUGAGCUGGUCAGACCAGGCCACCCUGCCCUCCCUCCCUGGAACAAUGCCAUCUUUAUGGUGUAUCCCCUUGAAAGGGACUUGGACCACCUGCCCAGUGAACCUCCCUGAACAUGCUUAUUCCUACUCUGUGAGGGACUGGGGGCCUUGAUAAAUGAGACCCAGGAUGUGA